AUGGCCACCAAGUUUGAAGCCUUCGAUGACAGCGCAUCCACUGUUUCCAACCCACCUCCCUCGUAUGAUGCAACCUCCGCAUCCGCGCCAGCAGAUUCCGUCCUGCAAAAACGUCGUGCCACAGUUCUGUCUCGCAUCCGUGAAAUUGUCUCCUCUCCUAAUUUCGACCCUUCCUCUGCUGGGUCAAUUGUCAACUCCUGCGCUGCUAAUCUCUCAGCAGCAGAGUUCUCCAAGCUCCUGCAACGACCCAAUAUCGAAGAUCACACGGCGCUGUAUUGGGCGAUUGUCAACAACCGGCGAGAAGCCCUUUGGGCGUUUAUUAAAUUCAUUUCCAAAUUCUCGCCUGCUUGCUCUUCCGAAUUGCGUCUUGCAUGCAUGGCAGUUAACGACCAUGUGUUGUUCACGCAGCUGAAUUUGAGCAGCUCAAUGAGUCCCAAGGAAGAAUCUUUAAGACGCUUUUUGGGAUGUCCGCCAGAUGACAUCGAGGUGAAAGCACUGGGGGAUAACUGCUUCAUUGCUUCUUUCCGCUUCAGGAUGUUCCAGAAACGUCUUCGCACUGCGCAGGAAUUGAGCGCAGAAUUCGUUGCUGGGAGACGUAUAUGGGUGCUGCGCUUUUUUUUGGGACAGGAAGGGGUGUGGCAGGUUGAGUACCGACUUUCAGAGCAUAGCUUGCCAUUGCAUCCAGACGUUUCACUUCAGAUAGAGGCCCACAGGAAGUCGCCCGACUGUGUGGUCCCCAAACCUCUCGUCCUGGACCUGCAGUUUCCGUCGGACUUGCUUGUACCUAAGGGAUCACCUUGGCUCUACACGAACGAUGAAUUCUGCGAGAAGAUCACCGUAAUUUGGCAGCGGUUAGGUGAAUGGCUGAUGGAUGACCACUCUGUAUAUGUAAACUGUCAUGGCAUUUUAAUUAUGACGAUGAAGAUAAAGCUAAAAUAGGCGGUCAAUAUAUUUAUAUUCCAAG